UACCGUGUAUCAUGGAUCUGUCCCAGUGCUUAGAUGAUUUCCCAGGCCCGGUCGACAGAAUGUACCAAUUUAAGAAUGACCCUAACCCACAGGGGCUUUACAACGAAGCGCAUAGGCUUGCGCUGGAAGAACUGAUAUCUGGUGGAAGAGAUGGCUUUUUAGAGUUUUUAAAAAAGGAGAAGAUCCCUAAUUUUCUUUCCGACGAUGAAAUAAGACGGAUAGUCCACUCUGCUAAUGAACCCAAACGGGUGUCUCUCGCCGGUGACGGGGGGGUCCUGGAACAGUCGAUAACCAGCUCGCUUGACUGCUCCUCCGUCACCUACUUCCCCGAGGUCUCGGACACAGAACCGCCCCACCUGGAGAUAGGGUGGCCUGCUUUCACAAGCAAUUCCUACAGGGGAGUCACCCGGGCAGUCGCUCACUUUCAGCCCAGCUACGGGGAGUGCAUUUACAGCUGCAAGGAGGCGGCGAGGAGAAUGAUAAAAAGUGCGAAAGAGGUUAUUGCCUUGGUAAUGGACUCUCUGACAGACUUGGACAUCUUUAAGGAUCUCCAGGAAGCAUGUACAAAGCGUAGAGUCCCAGUCUACAUCCUGCUGGACCAGUCCUGCCUCCCCUCCUUCCUACAGAUGUGCAAGAGCCUCAACGUGCGACUUGACGAACUGCAACAAAUGCGGGUGCGGACCAUAACUGGAGUCACUUAUUUCACACGAUCAGGGGCCAAGAUUGUGGGGAAGGUUCACGAGCGGUUCAUGCUGAUUGACGGCAACAGGGUGGCCACAGGCUCCUACAGGUUUACCUGGACAGAUGGCAGACUGAACAGCAGUAACCUGUUGGAGCUGUCAGGCCAGGUCUCUGAGCACUUUGACGAGCAGUUCCGGAUACUGUACGCUCAGUCCAAGCCGCUCAACCCCAAGGCCCCCUCCAGCUGCUGGAACAGCGGUGUCUAUGACCACCUCACCACUAAGCUGCCUGCAGUCCAUGAGGUACCACUGGCCAACCUGCUGGGAGUGGAGCCGUGCAGGCUGUCGAGCACGCCCAACAGGGCCAAGCCUGCCAUUGUGCCUCCUGGGGGUGAAGACAGCGAGCGCCUGAAAGACAGCAGAGUGUCCGAAGCUUCCACUAUCGGAGAGGAACCACCCAAGAUGGAAGAUUGGCUACAGGACCCCGAUCCUGUGGAGGGGGGCCAUCCAGCUGUCACUGCCGAUGCUCCAACUGCGGCUGCUGUUGGGGCGCCUGGGUGUACUCAAACAGAGAAGGCUGCCGAGGAACCCACCACAACGUGUCAUGCUUUCACCCAAACCAAUGUCCUGACAGUGGAUUGUGAUGCCCAAACUGAUGUGCUCUCCAAGGAGUACACUCAGUCAUCAAUGACAUCCUCUACAGGCUCAUCGACUCAAACCAACAGCCAGGAGAACUCUGCAGCACCUGUCCCCUCGUCUCAAGCUUCUCCUCGCAAGACCGAUGCCUUGAAAUGCUCUCCCCUGAAAAACCCGGACUCCUCCCAGUCUCCCGAUGGCUCGCUGAGGGUCUGCUUCCUGAAGCUGAGCAAAGAGCGCCAGUACCAUUACUCCACAAUCCGCGCCAAGCUCGACCACAUGGUCUCUCUUCUCUCCCAUCGCCGGGAGCUGGUUGGCCUGACCUUUAACCCUAGGAGCUACAACCACAGGAAGAUGCAGGAGCACAACCCCCAUGCUUUGAGAUUUCGAGGUGGUGCGGCAAUGCCGUCUCUGACCGUUCCAAAUAGACUCAAAUGAAAACCUGACAUUUGAAGAGCAACUUGGAAUGCGUAUGAAAUGCCACACCCAAACUAUUUUUCUUGUUUUUGCAGUCCCUUUUCUUACCCAGGUUGCUCCUUUUUAGGUAGACAACUUUUACUAUGUUGGGAUUGGAGCACUACCAAUGAACUGCUCUGAAUGACUUUUCAAAGAUCAUUCAGAAGUCAUCAGUAAUGUUACAAGUAUUGUAUAUCUAAUGGACAUGUGUUUAAAGUUACUGAUGAACUACCAUGGAAAGGGGCUUUAUUUACUGUCAUUUUGCAUUUUGCUAUUCAAUUUGAACAACCAGCAUUGAAACUGGGUAUAAAGCAACCAGCUAAAGAGGAAUGUAAGAUAAUAGGUAGUGAAUACAAACCUCCUGUCAUUUGCCAUGACAAUCUUCUAUAGAAAUUCAUUUUAGAGGUACUUGGUUAGGGUGAAAAGGUAGAACUAGCAUUACACUGAAUUUAUUUAAUAUAAAAUUGAAUUGUAUGUGCCUUACCUUUUAUUCUUGGUAAAUGGUGUUUCAUUUUAUUUUUUUUCUUCUUUUGGCAGCGCGACUUUAACGGAAGGGUCAAUCGCUUUCUCAUGAUCAAAAAU